UUUCUUACAGGAGGUGAAAGAAAACGUUAAAGGAGCUCCAGGAACUCGUGUAUCUACCCCGCCAUCUGCCUUUCAAUGUCAUAUUAGUGAAGUUUUAUGAUGCUGCCGCCGCCGCCUGCUCGCGCAGUCUAAAGAUGGCGACCAGCUCGGAGCGUAGUCCCCCUCCCUUCCCCGAAUCCGAGGACCAGGAACCCGACCCCGACCCGGCUGAUGGGGACAGCGACGAGGGAGAGGACAUCUUCACCGGGAACAGCAAGCCAGCAGAAAUAAAAGCGGAGCGGCACCAGCCACCUGUCGACGUGACCGCGAAGCUGCAGCGCGACAUCCCCAGCAGCGACCCCCUGGGCGACCUGGACGGCAGCGGGGCCAAUAAGAAGCCUGCACGAGACGGCAGACAGGCCGACCUCUUCACCGAGCCGCGGUCGGACAUCUUCAGCGAGGAGGCCGCCGCGAGACCUGCCAGGCCCGGACCUGCCUCCGGCUCCAACGCCAACUCCAGCUCCAAGUCCAACGGCAUUCACUCAGAUGAAGAACAGGAUAUCUUCGCUGAAGCCACUGUCGAGCUUUCGCUGGACAGCCCUCAUAGCGAAAGGAAGGAGACACCCAAACCAGUUACGAGCACCGAGUCGUCUGUCGCCGUCCAGCCAAGCGCGCCGAAAACGGCGCUUAAAACGAUGGCAGAGCUGGAGGAGGAGGAGAGUGAGGACAAGUUUGAGCUGAAUAUUUCCAUCACCAACCCCGAGAAAGUCGGAGACGGCAUGAAUGCCUACAUGGCCUACCAGGUGUCCACACAGACGUCGCUGCCCAUGUUCAGGAGCAAGUCAUUCACAGUGAAGCGGCGCUUCAGCGAUUUCCUGGGCCUCUACGAGAAGCUGUCGGAGAAGCAUGCACAGAACGGCUACAUCGUGCCCCCGCCCCCAGAGAAGAGCAUUCUGGGGAUGACCAAAGUGAAGGUGGGCAAGGAAGACCCAUCCUCCGCUGAGUUUGUGGAGAGGAGGAGGGCAGCUUUAGAAAGGUAUCUCCAAAGAGUUGUUGCUCACCCCUCCCUCCUGCAGGACCCGGACGUGCGUGAGUUUUUGGAAAGAGACGAGUUGCCCAGGGCCGUGAACACGCAGGCGCUGAGCGGUGCUGGGUUCUUGAAGAUGAUCAAUCGGGCCACCGACGCCGUCAGCAAGAUGACCAUCAAGAUGAACGAGUCGGACAUUUGGUUUGAGGAGAAACUCCAGGAGGUGGAGAGCGAGGACCAGCAACUCAGGAAGCUCCACGGCGUGGUGGAAUCGCUGGUGAACCACAGGAAGGACCUGUCCAUCAACACGGCCGUGUUCGCCAAGAGCGUGGCCAUGUUGGGCAGCUCGGAGGACAACACGGCGCUGUCCCGGGCUCUGUCUCAGCUGGCCGAGGUGGAGGACAGGAUGGAGCAGCUGCACCAGGAACAGGCCUCCAGCGACUUCUUCGUGUUCGCCGAGCUGCUGGCCGACUACAUCCGGCUGCUGGGCGGCGUGCGAGGCUGCUUCGAUCAGCGCAUGAAGACAUGGCAGCGGUGGCAGGACGCGCAAGUCACGCUGCAGAAGAAGCGGGAGAACGAGGCCAGGCUGCUGUGGGCCAACAAGCCGGACAAGCUGCAGCAGGCCAAAGAGGAGAUUGCCGAGUGGGAGAACAAGGUUACUCAGUACGAGGCUGACUUUGAGCGCAUCUCCACCACGGUCCGCAAGGAGGUACUUCGGUUCGAGAAGGAGAAGGCCAGGGACUUCAAAAACCAGAUUAUGAAAUACCUGGAGUCUCUGCUACAUUCACAGCAGCAGCUUAUCAAGUAUUGGGAGGCUUUCCUACCCGAGGCCAAGGCGAUCGCGUGACGUGCUGGGAAGAGGCAGCCUUUUAAUACUUUACCUCUCGCCUAUAAACCAAGGAAAGAGCCUACGAUGUGCCAGAAAGGGAAAAGAGUACAAUCUAUUACAUUUUUAUUCAUCAUAAACCUAUAGCUCUUUAUCUUAACAACUAUUAAUAAUUGUAUAUUUUUCAGUUAACUUCCACAUAUUUUCUUAAUAACAAACUAUCUUGCCAUUGACUGCUUGUCGGUGAGCUUGGGUGCAGCAGGGUGCAGCUGGUUUCCCACUGGAGCCAUUUUUUUCUCUCUUCUUUUUUUGCCUUUUCUUUCCCACUGUGACUGAAAUCACUGAAGCUGCUGGCAUCAGGUGAUUGCACGGGUUCAACACCAGAUGGCGCUCUCUGCCAGUUGUUUACAGUGGAUAUGGGGGAGUUUUUUCUCGCACCUAGCAGGUAGCAAUAAGCACCUGUUUUCCCUUAAGUGCAAAUAUAGUAGUUUGGCUUGGCACAUGUUAAUUUCUUAGAUAUUGAUUUAUUUUCCUUAGUAUUCUUGAACUUUGAAAAUCUCUGAAUCAUCCCUUUGAUUUGGUAAUAUGAGAUGUUACUUUGCAGUCUCUCUGUCGACAGCUCAGGCUCGAUCUAGUAUCUUCCCAUACGUCAUUAACUUAGUCACCACCUCGCGGUGGCUUUUCUAUGGAAGUGGCGUGUGAUACAUCUACCCAUAAUCCUCUUGGGGCAGAGGGCCGUAAUAUGCGGAGUUAAUGUGUGCAGCUUGCCAACCAGUUGAGACCUGGAGUUACCUGUGGCUGAGGCCUAGACUUCUACGCUCCUGACUGAAGUAACUCAUUCAGGACAGCAUAAAAACACCUUUGGGGGUCUUCCUGUGUGUGUUAAGUGUCUGUAUGUCAAAGGAUUACUUUAAAUUGGGGGUAAAAUACAUGCAAUCUGGGGAUGGGGGCAAGCCAUGGUACCGCACACCUGUUUUUGACAGUCACUGCAGGUUUCAGUUUGACAUUGGGGCUGAGGUGAGAUGGUAUAACAGCACUUAAUGCCCCGUUUGCAGUCGAGUGCCCCCCACCCCGCUGCAGGCCGGGCAUCCCCUCUGUUUUUGAGGAGCCGCUAUCGUUAGUGUCCCAGGUGCGUCAGACGGCAGCAGGAUGAGCUCAAGGGCAGGUUUUCUCAGCACUUGUGUCCCAAAGCAUGUUUCCACCCUGGCCUCUUGUCAGCCUCACUCAAGCCCCUGUUACCCCAGAACCGCCUUUCAGACACAAGACAAUCUGUCCCGUUCCUGACGUCGAAGCUGAUGACCGUUCAGCGAUAUGAAGUUAAUAUACUCACAAGGUAACUGAACAUUUUAGCCAUAUGCCAAUAUAUAAAUGUACAGUUCCUUAUUUUAAACAGCUAAAGGUCCGUCAGAUAUAUCAAACUCUUUUGUACUGAUUUAACUCUAUUAACUGACAGAAUUCAUAGUUUGGGUUUACACUGCAGUCCUGCCUGGGUAAAUUUGCACGGUUGGCGACAUGCUGACCCUUGCUCCCCCCUCCCUCGGAUGGCAAGGUCUCCGUGGGGGUGGGCGAUGCGCCGGUGUGGAUGCAGUACACGGGUGUUUACUGCAGAUGUCAUCACCGCUGUUGGGUCAGACGUGAGAUAGUCGCUUUAACUGCCAAAAGAAAUAUGGAAAUAAAGCUCGUUUCAUAAAA